CAACGCAUCAAGCGGCGGGAUGCUAUUGCUGCUAGCCUUGGCGACAUUCAGCAUUUGGCUGUCAUCCGCUACACUUUUGCAAGUGUGUUGCGCUGCCUGAGCUGUCCCCGAGACGCCCGCCUUGUUCUAAGGCCUGGUUCCACGUGCGUGCCGACGCCGCAGCCAAAGUUACGGCCUCCCUGUUUGGCCUCCAAUACUUCUCUACCGGGCUGCUUGGCUACAGAAGGAUUUUACAUGAUCCAGGUGGCAUUGCAGGGUGUGCGCUGCCAGUACCAGCUCAAGGUGUCAGUGCAGCGCUGCACAGCUCUCAAGCGACCGGCCCACGGGGGUGUCCGUUGCAGUCGGGAUCGCCAGUGGGGCAGCCGCUGCCACUUCUAUUGUUAUCCAGGGUACCACAUGGAGCGCAUCAGCACCACUUGCAUCCGCAUGGGGAACAACAUGCAAUGGACGAGCCACGCGACGCCUUUUUGUCAAGAAAUUCCAUUAGUGGAGGCUGUUCUUCCAACUACUCCAUCUAGCGUUCCAUCAACAAGCACGUCGACGACGACAACAACCUCGAUGACAACGACCUCGACGACAACACCCCAGGUAACUACAUUUCAGCGAAUGCGUCAAAUGGCUUGCCGUUGGCCCCGGGAUCGAAGGUGGCUUCGCUGCAAUAGGAAAAGCAUCGUAGCUCCUGAAGGAAGCGUCUGCAGUUACAGAUGCCCUCGAGGAAGGACCACUAAGCUGGUGUGCAUCGCCGGCACUUGGCGUAUAGGGCCACGGAAGGGGUGCCCACCUUGUACAGCGGCUACUUCAAAGCAGUGUACCUGUCCCAAAUGGAGAGUAACUUCCUGUGCAAAUGUCUGCAAAGGCCUGCCUCAGGUAGCACACGGACGACUCAAGUGCGUGUCCGGAGAGCGGAGCCCCGGCGCCCGAUGUAGCUACGCUUGCUAUCGAGGCUAUGUGAUCCCCAAGAGCCAGAGAUCACGCAACGCAUUCCUCUGCCUGGAAACGGGACAAUGGAACCACACAAGUCUGCCACAAUGUGCAUCGAAAAAAGGCUUUCCCAAGUUAACAAGUGGGUGCCGAACGGAGGUCAUCUUGGCGUCCACCAUGCCCGUGCUGCUCCCGGCCCCAUUAUAUGAGGGUUUCAACAUCCGUCCCUCUGUCGAAUGUACCAUCGCUCGAGUGGAAUCUUUCGGUUUCUACGUGAACCAAUGCCGUGCCACGGAUCUCGAGCUAGGAACCAGUGCCACAUGCACCUACAACGUAACGGUGGUCGCUCCAGGAUGCCCGGCAAUUAAAGGAGAUCCUUUCAGUCAAGUACGCUGCUCCAAUGGCGGAAAGGACCUCCAGCCCGUGGGCACCAUUUGCGAAUACAUCUGCCAGCUGGGAUACGUGAUUCCAAAGAGCAAGCAGGAAUGGGCAGUGAAGGAGUGCUUCGCCAAUGGCAGCUGGAGCAACAACUAUUUCAGCUUAUGUGAAAGACGCGUGGAACCUGUACCCGUUGGCGGCUGUGAGGACGUGACAGUGUACACGGAUGAACCGUCGUCUGUGAAGCCGAGGGCUCCCACUUUCCAGACGGCUGCAGGUAUGUCCGCCACAGUCCAGUGCAGCGCCAAUAUUCGCCAAUUUGGUUCACAUCCUGUCACAUGCCGAGGUCUGGACGAAGAGCUAGGUACCUCUGCCAGCUGCACGUUUCAGGUAGUAGUAAAAGGCGCCACUGAGCCCCGAGUUCCAGGUGGAUGCGUCCCUCAGGAUUCAGAAGCCGGGGAACCAGUUCCAGUGCCGCGUUUCCUCACUGUUCAGGGUGAAGGUGCCACCGUGAGGUGCAAACCAGAGCAGGCACCACUACUGGCGGGCAUCUACAACGUCACCUGCAAAGCGCACGACGAGCGCACUGGGGCGCAUGCGUCCUGCACGUACGCUCUCAGCGUGCGCCCAGGCAAGGAUGUAUUAGAGAAGCAGGCGCUGGUGGCAGCUCCGUACCUCCAAGGCACUAUCGCAUUUUCCGUGGGCGUCCCCAGCUGCUCCAUGGGUAGUAUCCCUGAAGGGUUACUACCCAUGGUGCAGAAUGUCAUCAAUCGCAAGACAAGUGACUUGUGCGGUCGGCUUCGCUGUCUACCCAUCGAUGCCCAGUGUAAGACGUCUGCAAUGAGCAUACUUUUCCGUUUCCAGGCAGAAUACAGUACACUAGAAAAUCUAUCCGAAGCAGAAGACCUUGUGGAGCAGCUGCAGCGGCGCAUGUACGAGAUCGUCACCAAGGACGAGGAUUUCGCAACUCAAGCGUCCAUAGAAGGAGGACAUCUCUGGCCCCAUUCUUUUGACCAAAGACCCUUAACUGUGGCCUGCACCAAUCCGGGAUUUAUUGCCAGGGACGGAACUUUAUGUGUGGCUUGCGAUGAAGGCACUUUCGAGGAAAAAGGCGGGUGCUAUCUUUGUCCCAGCAACUUCUACCAGGACCGCAAGGGCCAAACAAAGUGCAAAGAGUGCCCAAAGCUGAAAUUCUCUAAUGCAGGUGCAAAGUCCGUCAACGAGUGCAGGGAGUGAUGGCACAACUGCUUGUCUUUGUGCAAGAGACUGAAGUAAAAUAGUUCUUGAGGUGCAACCAGCGUCAGUGUAAAAAAGAUUGGGCAGACGGGUGUAAAAAGGAAAUAUGCUCACCAGGUACAUUAAAGGGACGUUCCCAUCCGGAGACCACUAUGUUCGGCACAAUCCACCUGGCUAUUUUUCUUUGUUGUCCAAAGACGGUGAAAUAAACAAAUUUUAAACGUCAA